UUUAACAAAGUAACCAUUGACUUAUAUUUUAAUAUAAAGGUUGACCUGAACUACAUUCAGUUCAAAAUGUCAACCAAACGAAAUGUGAAUCCUCCCAAAAAACGCAAAAUCAAAGAAAAGGCCAAGCCGAGCCCCUCAGCCAUUAAAGCCAGCAUCUGUCCCGAAAUCGUCAAGCCCAAGAAGGAAGCCAAGGAAGAGAUAUCGCAUGCCCCAGAUUGUCAACGACCCAAUAGCUACAGAUCCCCGGCUGAGAAGCGGCAGUAUCUGGAGAACGAGGUGGUGCCCAUUCUGAUGGAAGGCAUGCUAGGACUGGCCCGCGAGAUGCCACGCGAUCCCAUCGGCUAUCUGGAGAAGUUCUGGCUCCAGAAAAAGCACAAGUGUGACAUUGAUCUGCCAAAGAAUAUACUCUGAUCGAUGUCCAGUGUUCCAUUUCAAUCAAAUUUCAAAUUAUCAGAUGAUUAAAUAAAUGUUUAUGGCGCGGUGUUGAGUUCAGUUAA